ACGUUAGCUACAAAUGUAUACAUGAACACUGUAGUUCACAGGCAUCUGGCAUCUUCGUCUUUGUUACUAUUACAAGGGAACUAACCUGACUGACAGAGUGAUACUCAGUCUCAGAAGAUUCAGUUUAAAACUGCAGAAAACGCUCCACCAUUUCCUGGUUGCUAAAAAUCUAAUAGUUCGCAUAAUUUAAGUUUAUAUGACGAAAGUGUUGGGUAUCUUUUUUUUUACCAUAUAAACCGCUGUGAAAUAUAUUUUCCAUAACCAAAAAUAUAUCUUCAAAUGUUUGUAGUUGGUGUGCAAAAGUAAGACGCAAAAAACGAAAUUAAGAACAGGAAGCAUAUAAAUAUGCACAUAGAGCAGAUCUAAUUAGUCUUUCAAUGAGAAUGACAGAUCUAUAACUCAAUUUCUGUGAAUUUGGUGUUCACGCAAAAGUUACAUAUUGCAGCUUUAAAAUGUAUGUCAAAUAAAAACCAAUGACUGCAGAGUUAAACAAACCAUACAACUCUCUGCACAAGGACUACUUCUACCAAAUUCCACAAAUGUUACUAAAACACAUUUACUUGAACAUUGCAGGUGCAAUGUUUGGUAAUAGAAUGAUGGCACAAACAGUUAGCUAAAUUAGUUUUCUGCGAAUAUUUGGUUUGAAUACCUGCGGUCAUGGGCAGGAUUUGACUAUAAUCUUCCGAAGUGCAUGGAGGUGAGGCCCAACACCCUUUAAUGUUCUAUAGGCAGCCCUUUAUUGGUCAUAGUUGUCUGUUGCCAUGGCAUUCUUCAGAAAAAUAUGACUUUUUUUGUAAUGAUGAGAAUGUGUUGUGAGCCUGUGACGUCAGGGUAAAGGAGGCUGCCAUAGACGGAGAAAGUUGUAUUUUCUGUGCAAACAUUGUACUAUUCUACUACACUAAUUUUACAUUGGUUAUGUCAUCCUGGCCUGGGGAAGACCGUAUAGUGCACACAGGCUGAAAGUCGCACAUUCAUUUGCAUAAACAGACUCCCACCACCAUCCAAUUCUCAGUGACCCAUAUUUAGUGUCACACACACAGAGACAGACUCUCUCUCACACACAGUUUAAAUCACAGACACUCUCUCACACACAGUCUAAAUCACACACAGAGACACAGCCACUGCAUGACUCAUACAUCAUUUCAUAGAGACAAAAUUUGUCAGAAAGCGAUUUAGAUGGGAGGGGAGAGAGCAGCGCAAUUCUGUUGUGUAUAUGUGUGUGUGUGUGCGAAUCAACGAGCAAUUGAGAGAGAAACCAAUUUAGAAGCCUGUGGGUGGGGGCGAGAAGAGGGAUAGCAGCAGCAAACCAUUGUAUGUUAGAUCGAGAAGCAAACCAUUGUGUUUUAGAUCGAGAGAGAGAGAAGUGAGAGAUGGAGAUGUCUUAUUUUGUAAUAUGCUGUUCGUAGCAGCAGCACAGAGAGGGAGAGAGGUGAACGAGGGAGACAUGCAACAGAAACAGGAUUCUCAAGGAGGCAAACCCUCAAGCAUCCUGGGAAAGGCGCAUCCAGCUCUCAAGGCCUUCAUGUGUGGCUCCCUCAGCGGUACCUGCUCCACGCUGCUCUUCCAGCCUCUGGACCUGGUCAAGACGCGCCUGCAGACCCUGCAGAACACCAUGAAGCCUGGAGCUCCUAAGGUGGGAAUGAUGACAGUGCUUAUCCAGGUCAUUCGGACAGAGAGCUUCCUGGGCCUGUGGAAGGGAGUGUCACCGUCUUUUGUGCGCUGUAUCCCAGGCGUAGGGAUCUACUUCUCUACCUUCUACUCACUGAAGCAGCACUACUUCCAGGAGGGCCGGGCCCCUAACGCUGGGGAGGCUGUGCUGCUGGGGGCCGGGGCCAGGGCCGUGGCUGGGGUCUGCAUGCUGCCUGUCACCGUCAUCAAGACACGCUUCGAGAGCGGACGGUACAACUACGUGAGCGUCCUGGGAGCUCUGAAGAGCGUGUGUGAGACGGAGGGACCCAGGGCUCUGUUCUCCGGGCUGACGGCCACACUGCUCCGAGACGCCCCCUUCUCUGGCAUCUACGUCAUGUUCUAUAGCCAGGCCAAGAGGUCCCUGCCACCGGAGGUGAGCUCGUCGCCCUAUGCCCCAUUGGGGAACUUUGGCUGUGGGGUGAUGGCCGGAGUCCUAGCCUCUGUGGUCACCCAGCCAGCUGACGUGGUCAAGACUCACAUCCAGGUCAGCCCCGCCCACUGGACCACCAAGGACGCCAUUCGCUACAUCUAUACGGAGCAUGGUCUGAUGGGUUUCUUCCGUGGGGCUGUGCCACGCUCUCUGAGGAGGACUCUGAUGGCAGCCAUGGCCUGGACCGUCUAUGAACAGCUGAUGGCCCGCAUGGGACUCAAGUCCUGAGGAGAGGAGACAGGGAGGAACUGAUAAAGGAGGAAUAUGGGGACUUGUUUUUAUACAAAGCAGCAGUAUGAAGUCGAAGAAAGAGAGGAUGAGAAGGAGUGAAGGAGGAGGGAGAGAGGAGGUGUAGGGACUGUUUAUCACUGCAACUAGCUUGGGAAAGAAAGAGGUGGGUGUCUGUGGCAUGGAAGAGUGUGUGUGUGUUUUACAUGUUGAUGUUUGAGAGUUAUUGUGAAUGUUUGAUGUAUGUCCUUACAUUGUCAAACCUGACCUUAAAUGACAUCCCCUUUUGCUGAGAACUGAACUGAUCCCUCUCUGACUGGGGAGAGCCUAGAGAACUAUCUAUUUCUAUGGGGGAGACCAUAGGGAUGUAUUUAAUAUAUUUAUAUGGGGGAGACCCUUUCCGACUGUGGAGACCAUAGAGAAUGAUCUAUUUCUAUGGGGGAGAACCUCAGACUGGGGAGACCGUAGAUAAGUAUCUAUUUAUAUUGGGGAGACCCUCUCAGACUGGGGAGACCAUAGAGAAUGAUCUAAUUAUAUUUCUAUGGGGGAGAACCUCAGACUGGGGAGACCAUAGAUAAUUAUCUAUUUAUAUUGGGGAGACCCUCUCAGACUGGGGAGACCAUAGAGAAUUAUCUAAUUAUAUUUCUAUGAGGGAGACUGCCUGGGGAGACUAUAGAGAAUGAUCUAAUUAUAUUUCUAUGGGGGAGAACCUCAGACUGGGGAGACCAUAGAUAAUUAUCUAAUUAUAUUUCUAUGAGGGAGACUCUGCCUGGGGAGACCAUAGAGAAUGAUCUAAUUAUAUUUCUAUGGGGGAGACCUUCAGACUAUGACCACUGUGGUUUAGCUCUGGAUACCACUCCAGUGACAGAGACUGUCGCCGACUGUCACCCACUACCACUGUCUAUGACUAUGAAUGACUGGGACUAACAUCUAGGUGUCUCUAACACUCCCAAGACGAAACAGCAGCUUUGAUUGAAUUAGCUCAGCAAGAGGUUAUCCGCUGGCUAAAAGUGUAGUGGACUGGACAAAGCUACCCAGUGCCAUAACCACGCAACAUAUUUACAAAUGACCGGCAGAAUACAUUAUAACAACACAGUGAUUAUUGUGACCUGUCGACUGACUGAAGGAAAUACUAUAUUUAUUGACUGACUAAAAUAUUUCUUACUAGCUUGGACAAUCAAGACAAUAUUGCUGUGCAUUGUAGCAAAAGACUAGGCUGAUAUUUUCUAUACUGCAACUGCACAAUUAGCUACUAGCAACUUGGCAUUGGCAUACUUAGCCAUAUUAAAAUAGUGUACAGCCGGUGUUCUCUAUACCCAAUUCAACUGGGAUCUCAUUUCUAGUGCAUUCCAUUCUGGUUGCAGUGUUGUAGACCGGAUGUGCUUUAUCUAACCAGUAAUGAUAGUCAAUCCCAGAGUCAUAGAUGGAUAAUUGAUUCUAGUCAAUGCCAUUGGAACCCAGACAAUGCAACUCUGGCCCCCAUUGUGCUGUAGCAUUGUGAGACAAUAGUCAACAUCACGAUCAUGAACAUGCAGCUUCAGCAUCACUGUAUUACAUGGGCCGGAUUCAGUAGUCACAAAAAGAAAGCAAACCGGGGGGACUAGCUUAUCUUGUCCUAUAUGACAUGUAAAAUGUUUUUGUUUUUCAAUGUAAAAUAUUUUGCUACGGUGUGCACCAAUGUACACUACCGAGCUAAAUAUAGGAAUCCAUAUCAGUGAUGCCUCUUAUUAGUUUUGUAAAUUAAUAGGCCCAUGUAUUCAGCAUUUUGAGUAGUUCAUUUUUGGAAGCCCAUACACGUGUAUAUUUUUUAACCCACAGUGUCCAGUGUGCCAUGUCAUGAGUAUUAUUUUUUGAACACGUCAGUUUUAAAGAGAUGUGUUAUAUUUAAAAGUAUUGUUAGAGAUUCAAAAUAUACACUAAGUGAGCGCUACUCAGUAUUAGGAGGGUGUUCUUAAUGUUUGGAAUACUCAGUCUAUAGAGCCUGAAGCUUUGAGGACCAGAGAUGGCUGAGAGAAACUGAUUUAAAUCCAGUACCAUCACUACAAUCACUGUUUGCCAGCUGUUUUUGCGUUUUACACACACAAAUGAAAAGGACAAAACAGCUUCAAUAUACACUGUGGCCAGUUUAUUAGGUACAUCCAUCUAGUACCGGGUCGAACCCCCUUUGCUUCCAGAACAACCUGAAUUCUUUGGGGCGUGGAAACGUUGCUCAAUUGCUAUCAAGGGACCUAACGUGCGCCAGGAAAACUUUAUCCACACCAUGACACCACCGCCACCAGCCUGGAUGGGGCAAUGGACUCCUGCUGUUUAUGCCAAAUCCUGACUCUGCCAUCCGUAUGAAGCAACAGGAACCUGGAUUCGUCAGACCAGGCAAUGUUUUUCCACUCCUCAGUUGUCCAGUGUUGGAGAUCACGUGUCCACUGGAAGCGCUUGUUUAUAACUUAUAGGACCGGACCCCAGUGUGGUUGUCUGUUGCAAUAGGCCAUCCUAGACUAGGAUAGAUGAGUUGUGCAUCUCGAAAUGCCGUUCCCCCCCAUUAUUUGCCUGUUUGUGGCCCUCCUGUUAGCUUGCACAAUUCUUGCCAUUCUCCUUCGACCUCUCAUUAACAAGCUGUUUUCACCCACAGGACGGCCGCUUACUGGAUGUUUAUUGUUUGUCGCACCAUUCUCUGUAAACCCUAGACACUGUCGUGAGUGAAAAGCCCAGGAGGCCGACCGUUUCCGAGAUACUGGAACCGGCGCGCCUGGCAGCAACGAUCAUACCACACUCAAAGUUGCGUAGGUUACUCAUUUUUCUCAUUCUAACGUUCAAUCGACUGGUAACUAAAUGCCUUGAAGCCUGUCUGCCUGAUUUUUAUAGCAAGCCAUGGCCACGUGACUCACUGUCUGUAGGAGCGAACCAUUUUUGUGAACGGACCUAAUAAGCUGGCCGCUGAGUAGUUUGAGUCAUUGAGAGGGGAAACACUGAGUUAACCCUAGCUCAAUGCCAGUCAGUGACUGCACUUCAGAAUUCAACGCAUAUUUAUUCAUUCAUUCAAGCCCCUUAGCAGCGGCUGGUAAAAGGACUGGGGUGAUUGACGUUUCUUGAGAAUUGGUAGCUCUUGUCUGUGUGUUUGUGUUGUCGUGACACCAAGUUGUUUUGUGCCAUAACAUUCUUACCUUGGCGAUUAUCAUCGCUAUCACUAUUGUCCUUGAUAUUGUGACUUUACACUGUAUAUUGUCUGUUAUUAUUGUCAAUAUUUUGUCUGUGUGUGUGAGUUUGCUCAGACCGAUGCUGUGCCUGUUUUUUUUUUUAAGUGAAUAAAAUUCCCCCCAUUUUUGUACAAUGUACAAAUGUA